AAAAUAUUAUGAUAGCGAUUAUUGGGGCCGGAGGUUGUUUUUUUUCUCACUAUUUAUUUACUUUUUAGUUUUUUACUGCUCAAUUGGGCUUACGCACUUUUUUGUUAUCAUAUUCAUAGACAUUAUUUAAGAUUUGUUUUUCUUUCUGAUUUUACUUGUGAGUCACUGAGUAUCGAUUUUCAUAAAUCGCACUCUCCGAGGUGUCUGUUUGUUAAUAUAAAAUGGAACGUGGACAGAAAACGAAGAGGAAAAAAAACUACGUUUGAUUCGCUGCGCUCCACUAGUUGGCCUUGUCUUGCAAUGGAUAGAUUACAAACAUGGUUUGUCCGCAAGGACAAACUAAGCCUACCAUUGUGGCGGACCAUGUCGACAAAAUGUUACAUGGCGUUCAGUGCCCUCAGUGCUGGAGCCACGGUCAUCACAUUUUUUUUGAUAUACUGGUUCUGUGGUGGAUUACUGGCACUAUCGUUUCUGCUCAUGAGUAUUGUUGGGUUUGUUUACCAUUCAGAAGACUACUUAUUAUAUUAUCCAGACCUGCCUGAUCACUCUCGUAUUUUUGUACCACAGCCAUCGAUGUAUGGUCUGCCAUAUGAAAACAUAUUCAUCAAAAGUUUAGAUGGCACACGUUUACACUUAUUCUUGAUAAAACAACCAGGAGAUUUUUCUAAGAUGGUGCCAACUAUUUUAUUCUUACAUGGAAAUGCAGGAAACAUGGGCCAUAGAUUAACCAAUGUAGUGGGCUUCUAUAAUGAGCUGAGAUGCAACAUAGUAAUGUUGGAAUAUCGUGGGUAUGGAUUGUCACAAGGAUCACCUUCAGAAAGAGGUUUCUACAUGGAUGCAAGUGCUGCAAUAGACUUUAUUUUAACUCGUAAUGAUCUAAAUCUUGGUCGAAUUAUAGUAUUUGGACGUUCGUUAGGUGGUGCAGUCGCCAUUGAUUUAGCUGCUCGGUUAGAAUACACCCAAAAAAUCUGGUGUGUUAUUGUUGAGAAUACAUUUACAUGUAUACCAGAUAUGGCAACAGAACUUAUGUCUUCUGAACUUUUGAAAUACAUCCCUCUAUUUUUGUACAAAAAUAAGUAUAUGUCCAAUUGGAAAAUGGGGAAACUACAAGUACCAAUAUUGUUUGUUUCGGGCGAAGAAGAUACAUUAGUUCCUCCAUCAAUGAUGACAAAUUUAUUUGAUGCUUAUUGUGGCCCUUUAAAACAGAUUGUAAGGUUUAGAAGAGGUUCACAUAAUACGACAUGGAACUGUCCUGGUUAUUACCGGAAGAUUAGAAAAUUUUUAAAAAUCACAGCAAAGCACAGACCUACCGCUGAAGAUCUCCAUUGUGUCAUCAAAAUUGUUUGACAUUGAUUGUAUUAGUUCCUAAACAUGAUUAAAAACAAUGAUAUAGUUAAUACAAUAGUAGAUUAUUGAAAAAAAAUUAGUAACAUAUAAUUUUUUCAAUAUUAAUUUUUACAUAAAUGCACAUAAUUUUAAAAAAUUUCAGUAAUUGUAUAUUAUUACUAAAUGCCUGAAAUUUUUUUAAAUCUCUAUUAUUAUUUAUAAAUAUAUAUAUUGAGUUUCUCUACUUAUUUGUCAUACUUAAUAUAUUUUUUAAUUUAAUAUUUAUGUAAGUGUUAGUCUACUAUUUUAUAUUAUACCAAGAAGUAUGCUUUCAAUAUUAUGCAUUAUCAAUGCCGGUAUUUUUGUUUAAUAAAAUUGAAUAAUUUUUUA